UUUGAAAGACUCAGAGUUAUAAGCAAACGAACAAAUUUACAAACUCAGACACUUGCGUUUCGAUACACAAUGGAAGAAAGAGAAGACUCCGUUCAGACUCGCACCGUUUGGCUCUCUUCGCCUCGUUCUCCAUGGUGUGAUUUUGGGUUCUUCCUAGGAUUACUGAGGAGGAUGGGGUGUUUCUUCGGAUGCUUUGGUGUUGAAGACGAUGAGCGACCUCAUAUUCAUCUCAAAUCUGACCCAGUUUCGUCGAAGAAAAGAGAUCCUUUACUACCAAGAAAUAAACUAGGAUCUUUACUUCUAUCUGAAGAGAAAGAAUCUUCCCCUUGCAAGGAUGCGGGUUGUCAUACAUUGGAAUCAGCACUGCUUAUUGGAGAUGGUGAAGUGAGGGAGCUCAGGGACGAGGUGACUCCUGAAAUUUGGAAAGCAUCUGAGAAAGCGAAAGAUUCACCACCCUGUGAUGGAGAGGCAGAACCUUCCAGGUUCUACUCAUGGCUUCCCAGUUCCCCUGUCGAGAAAUUCCAAUUGGAGGAGCAACCUGAUCAGGACUCUAUUUCCCCUGUUAAACUUUGUGAAGGUCUGGGAGAGGAACUGGGUUCUCCUGGACACAAACCUAGCAGCAGUACGUCCAAAGGAGAGCUGGAAGAGAAGAAUUGUACAAAUGAAGGUAGCGAGUUUGAGAGUCCCGACUCAGAAACUAGAAAUCAUGUUCCUGCAACUGGCAAUAAAAAACUCUGUUCAGUGAUUCCUGAGGCUCUGGCAGUAGAUAUCCAAUCGAAGAAGAAGAGUGUGCGCUUUGAAUUUGAGUCAGAAGUGGAAUCACUUCCCUCAAAUGGUGAGAUGUUAAAGCAAUCCGAUGUCACAGGUAGUCACAAUGGAUCCAACCGCUCUCCUUAUCCAACACCAUUAAGAAUAACUGAUGAGAUGCAAACUCCUGGAACCAUUUAUCUUGCAAAUGUGAAGAAUGCUAGGAUCAGGUCUCAGUAUGUCUAUCCAGUUUUGAAUCCUGUUGAGGACUUCUCUCAGUGGAAGGAACUGAAGAAAGAAGAUGGUAAUGCUUACCUAGAAUUUGGUCAACAAGGAGAAUCUUUUGACAAGUGUGGACCUGCAACUCCUCAGUGUACGUCUAUGUUUUUCUCCAAUAAGUCAGAAAUGCUCAAUGAAGGAGCAGCUAUUGUUAGCAAAGAAGACUUGAAGCUGGAUGCAAGCUUGGUUCACUGGUUGAAGCCAUCAUCAUCCCCAGAAAAGGACAGUAAUCAAAGCCGCGGUGCUUGGUCUAUACCUAGUGGAAAAUCUCCCAAAAUGUCAAAUGACCGGCCUAUUCUUGGGAUGGUUGCUGCACACUGGAAUGAUGAUGGGUUAUCUCAUGACUCACCUAAGUGGCAGGAUGGUAACGGAAUCCCAAAUUCAACUAGAAAAUACAAGGAGGAUCAAAGAGUCAAAUGGCAUGCAACCCCGUUUGAGGAAAGGUUACAGAGAGCAUUGUCAGAAGAGAGUAAUGUCGUCCAAAGGAAGCUUAUCAGUGAGAAUCCUAUCAUUUUUGAAGAGAAUGAAGAGACUGACACUGCUGGAUCUGGAUUGCACACUUCCACCUGACCUGAAUCAGUGGUUUCAUUCUGAUUAUAUUGCAACAUUGUUGCUGUCAAUAGAACCAGCUGUUGCUUUAUCUUGAAUUUUAUGUGAUGUCAAGGCAGCCCCAGGGAUCUAUCUCAUCAUCUUACAUUUGAUCUUUAGGUUGUUACCUUGUUGGAUUGGAAUUUUAUCCAGUGGACUGUUCCAAUUGAUGUACAAGGUUGACAUUGAAUUUUCACCCUCUGAAGGAACAAUUUGGGUUCUUUGGUGUAAACCUACUUGGUUGACUGCUGCAUGACAGCUGAUAGCAAUGUACAUAAGAGGGGGGUGGGGGUGUAUGGAUUUGAUCUUGAAGAGUACUCUUGAGCUCAUAUGUUACAUCCUUUCAAAAUAAAUUGGAUGUUUGUUUGAA